AUGGAUUCGGUUCGUCAAGAAAUAUCCGAACGCCACGGCAACGAGGCUAGCGCGAUGAACGUUUACAAGAAGCAGCACGCCGUCAUGGGGAUAGGAUUUCCUCCGCCAGAGCUGCUGCAGGAGUGCUGUGAAGCGUUCGAUAUAGCGACAGCGCACCGAAUGAAAUAUGAGCUCGAAAAUAAUUCCUACCUCUUUCAAUAUGGACCAGCGAUUGGAACGAUGGAAUUUCGCGAGACACUUGCCUCGUUCCUGAGUGAGGGCUACCACAGCGAGGUAAACAAGUCCGAUCUGGUUCAAACCAGUGGUGCUACGAAUGGUCUGCACCUGAUACUGUCGACGCUAGUCGAUCUGGGCGGUGUCGUAUUCGUCGAUGAAUACACCUACAUGAUUGCGUUAGACGCUAUUGCUCAGUUUAGCACACUGAAAAUAGUUUCCUUGCCCCUUGAACAGGAUGGACCCAAUAUGGAGGUGUUCGAGGAGCUGAUCGAGCAGCAUCGGUUCGAAGCGACGGCGGGAAAACCGUUCUGGGGCAUCUACUACACCAUACCGACCUUCCACAACCCGACGGGAAUCGUGUUUUCCGCGGAGAAAUGCCAACGGCUGAUAACGCUGGCCCGCAAAAGUGAUAUCUUGAUUGCCUGCGACGAUGUCUACAAUUUAUUGCAUUACGCCCAACCGGAGGCGGCACCGCCGAAACGGCUGUUUGCGUACGACAUCGAGGGACUGGGAAAAAUCGAUGGUUGGCGUGGAAAUGUAAUUUCGAAUGGGACGUUCUCGAAAAUCCUCUCCCCUGGCAUCCGCCUGGGAUGGAUGGAAUGUCCUCCGCGGUGCGUCGAGGCUUUUCGCAAAAGCGGAGUGCUGCAGAGUGGAGGGGCCGCCAACAAUUACACCGGUGGCAUAGUGACCACAAUGAUCCAGCUGGGGUUGGUUCAACGGCAGCUAAAGCUCUACAGUCGUCGCUACGCCGAACGCUUACAGGCUAUGCUCGAAACUCUCGAAGCUAACCUACCCAAGGAGUGCAGCUUCUUCAAGCCACAGGGAGGGUACUUUGUAUGGGUCCGCUUCCCAGAUUACGUGGAUUGCGUGAAGUUCAACCAGUUCAGCAUGGAGAAACAUCGAGUGGCCGGCGUUCCCGGUACACGCUUCUCCAGGACAGGUGGAGGACGAAAUUUCAUACGUCUCACUUUUGCCUUCCACGCGCCCGACUUUCUCCGGCAAAGUGUGGGCACCUUCUGUGUUGCCGCGAGGGAAUACAUGAGUACCGUUCAGGAGUAG